AUGUAUUCAAAAAGUUUGGUUAGGCCGAACGCCUACAUCUGUGCUCAGGGACCUAAUGAGUAUACAAUCAUUGACUUUUGGUCUAUGAUAUGGCAAAGUCAGUCACAUAUGGUGGUUAUGCUCACUAAAGUAUUUGAUUUCAUACGUGUUAUGUGCGCCCAAUACUGGCCCACAACCAUUAACUCAUCCGAAGUGUACGGACCCUUUGAAGUGACGUUAAUCGAUGAGGAAAAGACUGCCGAUUAUGUGAUCCGUACCAUUAAACUCAAGUUUGGACCUAAUGAAAUCCUGAGAUCGAAGCGUUCCGGAAGUUUAGAUUCAGACUCAGGAGAGUAUAGGAUUAUAUAUCAACUACAUUACCACAGCUGGUCAGCCAACUCGUGUCCAUUUUCCGACUCUAUACUCAGAUUUCGCAAAAGAGUUAAACUUUAUUGCGAAGAAUUACGUGAUAUUAAUAAUGGACCAUUGAUUGUUCACUGCAGUGACGGGUGCGGCAGAACCGGAGCUUAUGUAUGUUUGGACGCAAACUUACAGUUGGCUGAAGAGGAAGGCUUUGUCGAUGUUUUCAAUUAUACUAAACUAUUGCGCGAAUCUCGUAAAGGGAUGAUUGAAAACGAAGAACAGUACCGGUUUAUAUAUCAGACUCUCGAAGAAUCUUAUAUCUGCGGCAAGACGUGGUUUCCUUCCAGUGAUAUAUCACAACAAAUGAAACACAAAUCCCUUAAAAAUCCAAUAACUAAACAGAAUGAAUAUCAACGAGAAUUUCAUAAACUAAUGAAAAUGACUUCAAAGUUAUCAAUUGGUGAAUGUGCUGGCGGUCAUCGCAUUGAGAACAGGGAUAAAAAUAGAGACGUUUCUAUAGUUCCC